AUCACUUAACGUUCUCUAUGUAGGAGAGAAACAGGAUAUUAGUUCAGUUCCUGGUGGAUGGAGUAAACAGGUAAACAAGGAGGCAGCCUGGACUCAGUGAUUUACUAGGAAGCCCUUUGCCCCAAGAUUUUGUCAUCUGCUUCCCUGAAAAACAGGCCUGAGAGAGCAGUGGUUAUGUAAAUGAUGCUUAGAAAGGAUUUGGGGGAGUUACAGGCAUUGAACCCUGACCUGGAAACCCUGGCCACAGAAGCUUCAGAGGCUUGGGGAAAAUAGCUGAGGUGGAUUGAGGUGUUGGGAGGGGUGUACCAUGGGGCACAAUCCUCCAGCCACCUGCCCCCUUUCUUCCCUGUGGGGCUGUCUGGCCUGAAUCCUCUCCUCCCCCUCCUUCUCCCUGUCUCCUAGCCUCUUCCCAGGAAGCUAGGAUGGGUCUGAGAUUCUGAGAAAGAGCAGGAGAGGAGAUAAGCAGCUUAAAGGAGUGUCUAGGCUCAAGGCGGGGAUGGAGAUAGGAGGCCGUAGUGGACUCAGAGGUGUGCCUGUGGAUGACUUGCUGUCUGCCCCCUGCGCCACCUGGCCAACUUACAGGCAUAGGGAGCACAUGGUGAUGAGCUUCCGGGUGUCUGAGCUUCAGGUGCUGCUCGGCUUUGCUGGCCGGAACAAGAGUGGACGGAAGCACGAGCUCCUGGCCAAGGCCCUGCACCUCCUCAAGUCCAGCUGUGCCCCCAGUGUCCAAAUGAAGAUCAAAGAACUUUAUCGCCGCCGCUUUCCCCGGAAGACCCUGGGGCCCUCUGAUCUCUCCCUGCUCUCUCUGCCCCCCGGCACCCCUCCUGUCGGCUCCCCUGGUCCACUAGCUCCCAUUCCCCCGGCCCUCUUGGCCCCUGGCCCCCUGCUGGGCCCCAAGCGUGAAGUGGACAUUCACCCCCCUCUGCCCCAGCCCGUGCACCCUGACGUCACCAUGAAACCAUUGCCCUUCUAUGAAGUCUAUGGGGAGCUCAUCCGGCCCACCACCCUCGCGUCCACUUCCAGCCAGCGGUUUGAAGAGGCACACUUUACCUUUGCCCUCACACCCCAACAAGUGCAGCAGAUUCUCACCUCCAGAGAGGUUCUGCCAGGAGCCAAAUGUGACUAUACUAUACAGGUGCAGCUAAGGUUCUGUCUCUGUGAGACCAGCUGCCCCCAGGAAGAUUACUUCCCCCCCAACCUCUUUGUCAAGGUCAAUGGGAAACUGUGCCCCCUGCCGGGUUAUCUUCCCCCUACCAAGAAUGGGGCUGAGCCCAAGAGGCCCAGCCGCCCCAUCAACAUCACACCCCUGGCUCGACUCUCGGCCACUGUUCCCAACACCAUCGUGGUCAACUGGUCAUCUGAGUUUGGACGGAACUACUCCUUGUCUGUGUACCUGGUGAGGCAGUUGACUGCAGGGACCCUCCUACAAAAACUCAGAGCAAAGGGUAUCCGGAACCCAGACCACUCUCGGGCACUGAUCAAGGAGAAAUUGACCGCUGACCCGGACAGUGAGGUGGCCACUACAAGUCUCCGGGUGUCACUCAUGUGCCCGCUAGGGAAGAUGCGCCUGACAGUCCCUUGUCGUGCCCUCACCUGCGCCCACCUGCAGAGCUUCGAUGCUGCCCUUUAUCUACAGAUGAAUGAGAAGAAGCCAACGUGGACAUGUCCUGUGUGCGACAAGAAGGCUCCUUAUGAAUCUCUUAUCAUUGAUGGCUUAUUCAUGGAGAUACUUAAUUCCUGUUCGGAUUGUGAUGAGAUACAGUUCAUGGAAGAUGGAUCCUGGUGCCCAAUGAAACCCAAGAAGGAGGCAUCUGAGGUUUGCCCCCCGCCAGGGUAUGGGCUGGAUGGCCUCCAGUACAGCCCAGUGCAAGAGGGCAAUCCAUCAGAGAGUAAGAAGAAGGUUGAAGUUAUCGACUUGACAAUAGAGAGCUCAUCAGAUGAGGAGGACCUGCCCCCGACCAAAAAGCACUGUCCUGUCACCUCGGCUGCCAUUCCGGCUCUACCUGGAAGCAAAGGAGUCCUGACAUCUGGUCACCAGCCAUCUUCGGUGCUACGGAGCCCUGCCGUGGGCACACUGGGCGGGGACUUCCUGUCCAGUCUCCCACUACAUGAGUACCCACCUGCCUUCCCACUGGGGGCGGAUAUCCAAGGUUUAGAUUUAUUUUCUUUCCUUCAGACUGAGAGUCAGCACUAUGGUCCCUCCGUCAUCACCUCGCUAGACGAACAGGAUGCCCUUGGCCACUUCUUCCAGUACCGAGGGACCCCUUCCCACUUCCUGGGCCCACUCGCCCCCACACUGGGGAGCUCUCACCGCAGCACCACUCCAGCACCCCCUCCUGGCCGCGUCAGUAGCAUUGUGGCCCCUGGGGGGGCCUUGAGGGAGGGGCAUGCGGGACCCCUGUCCUCGGGUCCCUCUUUGACUGGAUGUCGGUCAGACAUCAUUUCCCUGGACUGAGUCCCUUGGAUUAUGGAAACUUCACUGAGCAAGUGUGCUGUGGGGUCCAGACCCCUGGCCACUCCAACCCCUCAGGGGGCUUUGGCCAAAGGCCAGAAAGACCUUCAUGGAUGCCUGUUUUUGGCCUUAUCUCUGCCUGACAAGGCCAGCACCCAAAGGGUUAAUAUUUAACCUCUUUUUAAGGACAUUUGGGUUCUAUUUUUGGAAAUGUUCUUUAGAUGGUUGGCACAUUCCUUUGGGUAUGUUAACCUAGGCAGCGGGAGGCACGUGUGUGAUGGGGUGUGAGUUGGGGGAAGGUCUGAAUCCACUAGAGCCUGGGGGUGGGGUGGAGGGCAGGGGCGUUUCUCUUGUCCUCUAGAGCCCUCUCUUCCCCAAACCUAUGGUUCUGUUCCUUCCCCACAUCCAUGGUCUCUUCAUGUCCAUUCCAUUCUCUUCGGCCAGACAGACAAGUGGAGAAGCUAAGACAGGCCGACACAUGGACAGAGAACUCUAUUUUGGGUUGCAGAUUUUUUUGUACAUAAACAAGAAAAACCAAAAUACUCCAAAGAUGACUUCCCCUGCUUCCUACUUCCCAGUGUGACUGCGGACGAGAUAAGGCCUUAGCUCUGAUCCCCAGGGGUUUGGGAGCAGGGCCUGGCCUAUUGCCUGGGUCUCUCUCUAUUUAUAUAUUUAAGUGCACAGUGUUUCCUAUGCUGACCAGCUUGGGCCAUGAGCUUCUAAAGGCCCAUGGCCCCAUGGUUAGGUCUGGUUCAUUCUGCACCUUUUCUGGGAGGUGGGAGGACUUCAUGCUCUCCCCAUUCUCCUUUUUCAGGCUCCUCUGGGGCUUAAGACCUACAUUGUAAUUUUACUUUUUAUUCCCAAAGUUGUAGCAAAGUUCUUAUCCACAAUAAAGGUUGUGAAUGUUC